AUGCCUUUGCAAUCCUAUGUCUUGUGCACCUGCAAGAGCUUCAACUGCAAAUACAACCCAGAUGGUAGCAGACAAAAACUUCAAAUGGCUCAAAUAGGCUACCAGACAUCAGCUCUACCCUGUGGUUUAGUUUGGCAAAUCAACAUAAACUGGUUUCAAAUUGUCAAAGGCAAAUCUGGCUACCACUCAACUGUAGCUUUCUAUACUGUCAUUUGCAACAAUCUGUGUGAGAUUCAAUAUCUCGCAGAAGAGACCAUCCUUCUUAUGGUCAUUUCUGGACCUGAUAAGUCAUCCCUAGAGCAAAUGAAUUACCUGAUUGAGCUUUUUGUCGAAAGUAUGCUCCGGCUUAAAAAAAAUCACUAUCCUUUAUCAUACAACUGUUACAACUCGGAUGAAGUCUACUGUAACUGCCUCAAUAAAGAGGAUCAAGAGUACAGAAUCAAGAGGGUCAACUAG